AUGGGUCAAGUGUAUUUUGGAGGAGUAAACUAUAAUGUCCGACAGAAAAUACUCGAUCUGCUGCAUUUUGCUGUAGGUGAACCGCCAGUGAGGUACGUUGGAAUUCCUCUCACUUCAAAAACUUUGUCCUCUCAAGAUUGUGCAACACUUAUUGAGAGAAUGACCAACAAAGUUAACUGUUGGACAUCCAAAAUGCUAUCUUUUGCUGGUAGACUUCAGUUGAUUAGGUCUAUUCUAUAUGGAAUGCAGAAUUUUUGGUGUAAUAUCUUUAUUCUGCGUAAAAAAGUCAUUAAGAAUGCUGAGCAAAUCCGCAGAGAUUAUCUAUGCUCAAGUAUGUUAUAUAAUCACAGAAAAGCUAAGGUUUCUUGGACUAAAGUCUACUCUCCUAAAUGCUCUAGUGAAUUAGGCUUGUACUCUAUAGGAUUGCUUAAUAAUGCACUCAUGUUAAAGCAUAUGUGGGCCAUCACUCUGCAGUGUGAUACUAUGUGGGUAAGGUGGAUUCAUGCCUAUUACCUCAAAAAAAGUGACUUCUGGUCCAUUCAACCUAAGCCUCACUUCUCAUGGCAGUUGAGAAAAUUGCUCAAAUUAAGAGAUGAAGCUUUAAAGUGUAUUGAUAUUGAUGAUUCGGGGUGCAGAUGGCACAAGCCAGCUUUUAGUGUCUCAAGUGCAUACAAACUUCUUGCUACAACUGGUGACAAAAAGAAUUGGACUAGAUUGGUGUCGUCCUCUUAUACAGUCCCCAAGCAUGCAUUUAUAUUUUGGAUUGCAUGUUUAGAUAGGCUGCCUACAAAGUACAAAAUGAAGAGGUUUGGUAUUAUUGAUGAGAAAACUUGUCCACUUUGCUGUAAUCAAAUUGAAACGAAGAACCGCCUCUUUUUUGAGUGUGCUUACAGUUUACGAGUUUGGAAAACUGUCAUGAGAUUCAUUCAAUUACCAGAUGCCUCCUGUAGAUUGAAUGAUAUCAUUGAAUGGAUGGAGAAGGUUAUGAGAGGAAAAUCUGCAGUUCACAGCAUUCAGAAAGCUUCGGUUGCAGCUUGCAUGUAUCAUUUGUGGAUAUCUAGGAAUAAAAAUGUUCUAAGCGUAAGUUCAUCUCAAUGGAGCAAUGCUUGCAGGAGAUCAUUUUGCGAUCGAAGUUCUUUGCAGCAGAGUAGUGCAUUUGAAGGAGACAAAGGCUAA